AUGCCAGGCACAUCUGUUCCUGAAGAAUGCGGGGGACCCAGUCUCCUUUUGGAUUUCACGUGGCGGGGGCCAGAGAAAGCCGAGCCAGGACGGAGGAGAGUGCUGCGACAUCCGUGCGGCAUACCACCACCCGACACCUCACUCACUGCGCCGCCAUCGCCGCCGCUCGGUCAACUUCGAUCCUCUUCCCCCCCCCCCCUCUCUCUUCCACAGACACCCCCCAACAAACAACACUCGACACGCACACCCAGACACGGCAUAGAGAGGACUGCUCACACCCCGACCCGCUCCUACGUCCCCGCCACCCAUCACCUGAGGAGCACCGAUCUCUCCCGUCGUAUCCUCUCUCCCCUCGCGCCCCUCGCAGCCUCGCACCUCCCGUCUCGCAGGCUCAGUUCACGCAACGCCCCCCAGACCCCUCAGACACAGACACGCAGUGACCUUUGCCCGUCACGUCACUCGUCUCCUCUCACACCCGCCCAUAUCCCAGCUCAUCUCACGGCAGAUACACUUGCCUUCCUAAGACUUCCUCUCUCAGCCACCCUCUCGACAAUGGACGAGGACUUGUACGAGGACACCUCGCGGCACACCUACUCGUACUCGAGCUACUCGCCGUACUUCACCACGAGCUACAACUCGAGUGCGACUGCGACCCCGCCCAAGGCCGAGCCCGUCACCCACUACGACGUCAAGUACAUUGACAAUGCGGGGCACAUGGGCAAGUGCAUCGACCUCGUCUUCGUGCUCGACUGCACCGGCUCGAUGCAGCGCUACAUCAACUCUGUGCGAGACCACAUCUUCGCGAUCUGCGACAUGAUCCGCGGCGAGGAGGGGCUGAACGGCGCAGACGACCUGCGAGUUGCCGACAACACGUACGUGUACAAGUUCAACCCGUUCACGAGCGACAUUGCCGACGUGCAAAAGUACCUCAAGGGUCUCACUGCGGCGGGCGGUGGCGACGGUCCUGAGGCUGUCACGGCUGGCAUGGCCGCGUGCCUGACCGAGCUCGAGUGGCGGCGCGAGGCUGCGCGCAUGGUCGUCCUCAUUGCAGACGCUCCGCCCCAUGGUAUCGGCGAGAGCGGUGAUCAGAUCAAGCAGGGCGACCCCGACGGGCACGACCCGCUCGUCAUCGCGCGCACGAUGGCGCAGCACGGCAUCACCUUUCGCGCUGUCGACUUCUUCACGGCCAUCUGCAACAUGACGUCCGGCGUCAUGAUGCCACUGACGACGGCGGACCUGCUCGCGAUGACGAUUGUGGGCUCGGUUCUCGAGAACAUGGACAUGGAGCGUCUGAUUGCUGAAAUCGGCCGCGAGGUCGCAGAGCGCAUCAAGGAGAAGGGCGAGAGCAUGCAGAGUGUCGAGGAGGUUGCCCAGGAACUCCACGAGCGCCUGCUCCUUCGUAACGAGCAAACGAAGCAGGUCCAGCUCCCCGACGUCUACAUCCAAACCGACAACAGCCGUAAGAACGUCCUGACCUGGAUGAACGCAACGUACAUCUCGGACGCGGCCUCGCAGAUCCUCCCCGUGUCCGGCCGCCGUCUGACCGAGAAGUUCCGCCGGAACAACAUCUCGCAUGGAUUCAAGUACACCCCCGGCGGCCGUCUUCCCCCCCGUACCGGUCGUAAAUCCGGGGACGCAUCGCCCGAGAAGCCCCCCGCCGCCGCCCUCUCCACCUCUCCCACGGCGGCGGCGGCGACCUCGCCGAGCCGCAAGAUCGUGGCCGACUUCAAGCCCUUUGGCGCGAGUGCUGGCGCGAGCGUGUUUGGCGCCCCAAUGGUGCCCACCGGUCCUGGCGGGGGCAUGUUUGGUGCGGCGGGGCGCACACCCCUCGCCAACGCGGCUAUGCGCGGCCAGGCCGAGGACGAUGACGAUGACGAGGACGAAGGCACGCAGCUCAGGCGCGAGGCUAUCAGCCUCGACCAGGCUAGGAGGAUUGCGACACAGUCUGUAUUCCGUGCGGGCCGGCUGCCCCUUUAG